AUGUCGACGACGAAACUGCUCUCAACGGUGGUUUGGCUUUCCAGCCUCUCGUUACCUACCAGAGCCUUGGAUCGAAGAGACGACUUUACCGAUUUCGAAACUGAGGAGGAAAGACAGGGCAAGGGCAAGGGCAAAGGAAAAGGAAAGGGAAAAGGCAAAGAAGGUGUACCGAAUGUUCCCGUCACGACACCCGGACUCGACGCCCUGCCUACAACCGGAACCGAUCCUACGCCUGUCCUCGGGCCUGGGACAAACAAUGGGGAUCCAAACAAUCCCAACAAUGGAGCACCUCCCCCUAACGAGGAACCGCCCCCUCCUCCGGAAAACCCUCAGGUCCCGGAAAACCCUCCAAAUCAGGAUCCCCCUCCACCCCCUCCCCCACCAGAGGAACCACCGCCGCCGCCGCCUCCUCCAGAAGCGCCUGCUCCUCCGCCUUCGCCUCCGUCUCCCCCGGCGCCUACCACCACCUCGGUUGAGAGUCGAAGGUCAACGACAACUCCACGAUCUAGUCCCGUAGUCUCAACUUCGAGACCUCCGGUGCCAUCUGUCUCGUCUUCUCCAACCCCAAUUCGCUCGUUUCCUCCACCGGUCUUCUCACAGCCGAGUGCACCCCCACCAAACUUUCCCCAGCCGUUUCCACGACCAAGCUCAACACCAAAGCUUCCUCAGUCAAGCUCAGCGACAUCUCUCAUUGUUGUACUUCCGCCGCCAACUUCAGCUCCACUGACCACGUUGCCGCCACCUGCUCAGCCGACUGAUGCUGGGAGCAGGAGUUCAAACCUCCCGGCGCCAGCUGCACCAAGCUCAACCUCUUUGACUGACCAGCACGGCGCCAUGAGCGGAAAUAAAUCGCAGGGUAUUGAGGGCAACCGUGGCCUUGUGGUUGCUCUGAGCACUGUGCUCUCUGUGCUUGGAGUGAUCAUUAUUAUCGGGGCCAUCUUUCUCUGCUACCGUUACCGCCGUGGCCGCCUGCCAUUCAGCCGCCGGGGCAACAGCCCGAUUGAUGAUGAGGAGAUCGAAUCGUGGAAGGCCUGCAGGACAAUUGAGAAAUGCACGACCGUGGUCGUGGAUAAACACGACUCGGCCGGUUCUAUUCGCAAGCCAGCCAGCGUGAUCGUCUAUCAAAAUCACAACCAGCACCAGCCGCGCCCUUCAACGGAUACCGCACCUCGCUCUCUGUAUCACAAGCGGAGCAUGGACAAGAAGAGUAUUGAUAUCCCUCAAACUCCCGUUCUCGCACGAGCCCCAAACGCCCGCGUUGGCCUCACUGACGACGCCGUCGAGGGUGACCUCGCCUUCCUUCCAUCCCCCAAGCGACAGAACUCCAGACUGUCCAAGUUGCCGUCCCCUCGUCAUGGCAGACAUCGCAGCUCUCGCAGCAGCGCGAGUGUCGGUAGUCUGCGCGAGCAUUGGUAUGGCUACCACACCGACACAGAAAUGUCUCCCCGCCCUUCGGUGGACCCUUACUCCCGGAUGCCUUCUUCGGCACACUCGGAUGGGAGGCACCAGCGGGUUUACUCGUCUCCCUCGAACCCUCCGAGGCUUUCACUUGAUGAGGAAUAUCACAUGGGUGGCCUCUCCCCACGCCCUUUCCUACGGCAAUCAGAAAUUGGUCUUGCCGUAGGCUGA